CAGAAAGCAAGAGGAAAACGUCCAUUACAAAAAUGUCAGAGAAUUUGGAGAAAAAUGAGACUACAGCGACAAUGCAAGGGCUGCCAAGUGUGGACUCUCACAAUUUGGAAGCUGGCAGACUCUCCUUUGCACAGAGCCAUUCCUUCAAGGUGCAUUGGAGGAAGAUGAUGAGUUUGGCAUUUCAGAGUCUUGGAGUGGUGUAUGGAGACCUUGGGACAUCUCCGCUAUAUGUAUUUUCCAACACAUUCCCUAAUGGAAUUGGCAACACAGAAGACAUUCUUGGGGUUCUUUCCCUCAUCAUCUACUCCAUUGUUCUCUUGCCCUUCAUCAAGUAUACCUUCAUUGUGUUGAGGGCAAAUGAAAAAGGGGAAGGGGGAACAUUCGCUCUCUAUUCCAUAAUAUGCCGUAAUGCAAAGGUCAGCUUAAUUCCAGAUGAUCUCCAGGCGGAGGAUAUUGAGGUGUCUCCACCAUCUAACCAGUUGAGACGCACCUCUAUGAUAAAAAAGAAGCUUGAGAACAGUAGGACUGCAAAAUUUCUGCUUUUCAUUGUCAGCAUCAUGGGAACUUCCAUGGUAAUUGGAGAUGGGGUUCUUACUCCAAGUGUCUCAGUUCUAUCUGCAAUGAGUGGCAUCAAGUCCCAGGAUGCAGUUGUGGGAGUGUCAGUUGUAAUUCUGAUCAUUCUCUUCUCAGUUCAACAAUUUGGCACUGAUAAAGUGGGGACCUCAUUUGCCCCAAUCAUCUGCUUGUGGUUUACCCUCAUCACUGGAAUUGGUUUGUAUAACCUUAUCACGCAUGGGUCUGGUGUGUUGUGUGCAUUUAAUCCGAUUUACAUUGUCCAUUUCUUUAAAAGAAACGGCAAGCAAGGAUGGAUUUCUCUUGGUGGAGUGGUUCUUUGCCUUACAGGGACAGAAGCAAUGUUUGCUGAUCUUGGUCACUUCGAUGUUCAAGCAAUUCAAAUCAGUUUCUCUGGAAUUGUCUUGCCUGCCUUACUUACUGCAUAUAGUGGACAAGCUGCUUAUCUUACAAAACACCCCUACGAUGUAAUUGAUGCUUUCUACAAAUCAGUGCCAAGACCAUUAUACUGGCCAACAUUCUUGAUUGCUGUUUUUUCUGCCAUCAUUGCAAGCCAAGCUAUGAUAUCAGGAGUAUUUUCAAUUAUAUCUCAAUCCUUAAGUCUGGGAUGUUUCCCAAGAGUUAAGGUAAUUCAUACCUCUGCCAAGUAUGAAGGCCAGGUUUAUAUACCCGUGAUCAACUACAUGCUAAUGGUUGCUUGCAUUGUAGUCACUAUCUGCUUCAAAACCACAGAAAAGAUCAGCUAUGCAUUUGGAAUUGCAGUUGUUGCUGUAAUGUUGAUCACAACAUGCAUGGUUACUCUUAUCAUGCUUGUUACUUGGAAGACAAGCAUUUUCUGGAUUGCUCUCUUCUUUGUGACUUUUGGCACCAUAGAGGCUGUAUAUUUCUCAUCUGUCCUGUACAAGUUCAUAGAAGGUGGCUACCUUCCACUGGCCUUCUCCUUCUUCCUAAUGACAGUUAUGGGGACAUGGCAUCAUGUGCACCGAAAAAGAAUCAUGUUUGAGCUGAAGAACAAGGUCUCCGGUGAAUUCAUUAGACAAUUAGCAGCAAAUCCAGGAAUAAACAGGGUGCCGGGAUUGGGGCUUUUUUACUCUGAGCUUGUCCAGGGAAUACCUCCUGUGUUUCCUCAUUUUAUUGCUAAUUUCCACUCCAUCCAUUCUGUUCUAGUGUUUGUCUCAAUCAAGAAAGUUCCUAUUAGCAAAGUUGCGUGGGAAGAUAGGUUUCUAUUUAGACUGGUGGAGCCAAAAGAACACUGGAUGUUUCACUGUGAGGUGAGAUGUGGCUAUAAAGAUUUGAUGGAACAACCUGAGAAGUUCGAGAAACAGUUGGUGGAACACUUAAAGAAAUUCAUCCACAGUUCAUGUUGUCAAAUCAACUCCGAACUGGCUGCCCAUAGAGCUGAACAGGAAAUGCAGUUUGUGCAGAAAGCAAUGGAGGAAGGAGUGGUCUAUCUCUUAGGAGAGGCAGAAGUGAUUGCCAAGAAAAAUUCAUCCUUGUUCAAGAAGAUAGUUGUGAACUAUCUGUACAACAUUCUGAGCAAAAACUUCUGGCAAGGCGAAAAUGUAUUGGUAAUCCCACAUAGCAGGCUUCUUAAGGUUGGAAUGACAUGUGAGAUUUGAGUAAGCUUGUAAAAGGAAGCAGGAUGGCUACUAAAUAAAACGUAUUUGUGGCUAUUUACUUACGGUACAUACAGGAGUGUCUCUAAGAUAUUUUAGUGUUAAUUCUUUGUGCCUUUCAAUUGUUGGAACAUAGUUUAGCUUCUAUGGAAUUACAAACAAAAGUGAGGUCAUUUAUUCAAGGCAAUAGGAGUAAGAAACAAUUAGAAAUGACAAACACAAAUAUGCCAAAUUUUGUGAUGGGAAUCCCACUAGCUGGAUCAUGGAAGGCGGUAAGGUAUGGAAGGCAAAACUUGUCUCGUCGUAUGGAUAUCUCCUUUGGCAUUCUUUUCCAUGAAUCCUUUCAAUUUGUUUGAGACUCUUUUGGCUGUAUUAAACAGCUUCCAACUAA